UCUAAAAACCUCAAAACAAAGGCACUGAAUAAUUUUUUUUUUUUGGGUAUUCAUCAGUUUCUGUGGCAAGUGCAAAGCAAAAAGCAAUGGCUUGGAGGAGGUUCACGACAUUGCUUCGUCAGAGAACUGAUGAUAUCAACGAUGGAGCUAGGAAGAUAGUCUCAUUGGGAGUUAGAGGUUGUAUUGGGUGUCUGUUUUGCGAUUGGUUUUAUGAGAUACAUGGAAUGCAGCCAUCCAAAGAAAGAAGGGAAUUGAUUGUCGCUGCAAGAGAAUUGAUCAAGAAAGAGAGUUGUUACAUGGCAUUUAUCCUGAUCGUGAGAGUUAGUUGCAACUUUGUAGCAUUUGACAAAAUGGAGAAGCCCAUUUGUUCCCUACCUGCCUGUCAACUUACAGCAUCCCUUCUUUGUUCCAGAAUGUGAAGAGACAGGAGCAGUGGAGCAUAUUGCUUAAAAGAAUAGGCUAGCAGUAGGAGGACAGAGAAGUGAUACUGUUGCUUAAUUAUUAACUAAUUUGUAGGAUUUUUGUUAUACUUUUCACUAUUAAGAGCAUCUCUAACAAUUUAGCAAAUUUUUCACCAAAUUUGAUUAAAAAAAAGGCAAUUUCCUCAAUCU